AUGGCGACCCCACAGGUUGCUACCAAAGACGAGACCACCAUUGGAGACUCAGAACUGGGAUCAGAUGCCCCCAAAGACAAAAUUCCGCCAAAGUGGCGUAAAGCGGCGCCAUGGACUCGAACUCUCUUCUACCGCACAACGCUCUUCCAGAUCUUAGUCGUUGGUGUAUGUGCCUUCACAGCUCCUGGGAUCUGGUCAGCCAUGAAUGGUCUUGGUGUUGGAGGCUCACAAAGUCCCAACUUGGUCAACGCCGCCAACGCCAUUCUCUACGGCUUUAUGACAGUGACGUGCUUCCUAGGCCCUUGGCUGACGAACUUUAUCGGAUUUCGUUGGACUUUAGCAAUCGGAUCGCUGGGCUAUCCUCUCUAUGCAGCGGGGCUUUACUGCAACAAUCGCUUCGGAACCAUAUGGUUCGUCUAUGUGGGUGCAGUGGCAUGCGGUCUGAGUGCUGGGUUCUUCUGGAGCGUCGAAGGUGCUAUUGCCACAGGCUAUCCAGAGCCACAUAAACGGGGUCGAUAUAUCGCCACGUGGUUCACAUUCCGGAACUUUGGUAACAUCAUAGGGGGUGCAAUCUCUCUAGGACUGAAUGCCAAAGUCGACCACAAGGGAAAGGUCGGAUACGUGACGUAUCUGGUCUUCAUCGCUUUGCAGUGUCUUGGAUUCUUCUCCGGUCUUUUCUUGUCAAACCCCGAGAAAGUGGUCCGUGACGAUGGGUCUAGAAUUGAGGCUCCAAGAGGGAUCAACUGGAAAGUGGAAGCGAAAGAGAUGGGUCGACUGGCAAUAAGCAAAUCCAUUCUCUUGCUUGUACCCCUUUUCUGGUACUUUGGGUGGAUGCAAGCCUACCCGGGAACGUUCCUCGCCACGUACUUCACCGUUCGAUCACGAGCUCUCGGCAGCUUCAUGUCCGCCGUUGUAGGGUCUCUGGCAACCUGGCUCGGCGGUAGCUUGGUCGAUCUGCCUUGGGCCAAGAAGAGGCAGACUCGGGCGGUUCUAACAUUCCUCCUGAUUGCGGCGAUAAACAGUGCAACAUGGAUAUGGGCCAUGGUCAUCCAGAACGAAUAUCGAUUCUCGAAGCCUGUGCUGGAUUGGUCUCAUCAGAGCUCCUUUGGCCGUGGUUUCGGACUAUACAUGUUCCAGCGCAUCAGCCUGGGAAUGGUGGAGAACUACAUAUACUGGUGCAUCAGUAAUCUGUCAGACUCUCCAGGAGAUCAAAUCAGGUACAGCUCCCUAUUGCGAGGAAUUGAGACAGCGGGAGUUGCUGUUGGCUUUGGCGUUCAGGCUGUGCCAACUGUUCUGAUAGCCACAGCAGCGAUCAACCUUGCGCUGUGGUUCGUCGCAUUGCCAUUUAGCUAUUUUGCGACUUUGCAAGUGGUGCGCAAAUUCAAUGAGUUGGAUGCGGAGCGGAAGGCCAGCGAGGAGAGUUGA